CCAAAGUGCUAGCGCCCGCCGCGCGCGCCGGACUCUUAUAGCAGAGGGCACUUCCGUCUCCUCGCUCGACUGAUGUUGGAAGAUAAAAGGAGCUGCUUCAGUCAUAUUUACCCGCUUUUCAGUCAUCUGUGGAAAAAAACAUAUUCUCCCUGAGCAGCAAGUGUGGACCUCAAGAAUGGAGCAGGAUGAACCAAAGCAACCCCACAUUAAAGAGGAAGAGGAGGAGGAGCCACUUACCUCUUACAUUAAGGAGGAGAAGCAGUCAGAGCCCUCCCUCGCCUUACAGAGAAAGAGGGACUACUGCCAAUUUGACCACAUCAAAGAGGAAGAGGAGGAGCCACAUUCCCCCCACAUUAAAGAGGAAGAGGAGGAACACAGCAUCAGCCAGGAGGGAGAGCCUCUUGAAGGACUGGAGGAGUUCCCAGUGAUUGGUGUCAUUGUGAAGAGUGAAGAUGAUGCGGUCAAAAGUGAAAGUGAGGAGAAGAGAGAGGCGGAGCCUCCAAGCAGCAGCUCAACAGAAGCUGAUGGAGACCACUGUGGAGGAUCACAAGCAGACAAGCUCUUAGCUCCACUAUCAGAUAGUGAGGACACAACGUCACACUCUCCUGACACUGAUGAUGAAGACUCUAAAGAUGAUAAGACAUGUCACACUGACAACACACACUUCACGUGUUCUCACUGCGACAAAACCUUUAAACGCCCACGUUGUCUUAAAACACACGAGAGAAGACACACACUAGAUGUAAAACCUUUUUCCUGCUCAGGGUGUGGAAAAUGUUUUUCACGUAAAAAUGGUUUGAAAGAACACAUGAAAGUACACACUGGAGAAAAACAUUUUUCCUGCCCGGUAUGCGGUGAAUGUUUUGUGUCGAGUCAAAAUCUGAAAAAACACAUGAGAACACACACUGGAAAAAAACCGUUUUCCUGCUCAGAAUGUGGAAAAUGUUUCUCCAGAAAAAAUGGUUUGAAACAACACAUGCAAAUCCACACUGGAGAAAAACCUUUUUCCUGCUCGGUAUGCAGUAAAUGUUUUGUGUCAAGUCAAAAUUUGAAAAGACACAAAAGAUUACACACUGGAGAAAAUGAGGAUGAAGACUCAAUGUGUCACACUGACAACACACACUUGAAAUGUUCUCAGUGCGGCAAACAUUUUAAGUACCAUUGUCAUUUGAAAGUACACAUGAGAAUACACACCGGAGAAAAACCUUUCCCUUGUUCAAUCUGUGGACAAUGUUUUACACGAAGACAGUCAUUGAAAAAACACAUAAGAUUACACACCGGUGAAAAACCUUUUACCUGUUCAAUGUGUGGUAAAGGUUUAAACCAAAAAAGUGAUUUAGAAAGACACAUGAGAUUACACACCGGAGAAAAACCUUUUUCCUGUUCAAUCUGCGGCAAAGAGUUUGCCGUAAAGCACAAUUUGAAAACACACAUGAGAACACACACUGGAGAAAAACCUUUUUCCUGCCCAGAAUGUGGCAACGGUUUUGCGCAAAAAUCUUAUUUGAAAGAACACCUGAGGACACACACUGGAGAAAAAACGUUUUCCUGCUUAGAAUGUGGUAGAGCUUUUGGACGACAAAUUGUGCUGAAAGAACACAUGAAAAUACACACUAGAGAAAAACCUUUUUCUUGUUCAAGCUGUGGUGAAGAUUCUGUACGAAGACAAACUUUAAAAGAACACACAAGUGAGAAAGUGUUGAGUUGCAGUGUGUGUGGUGAAAGAUUCUCUUCUAAGUACCAGUGUAAGAAACACAAGUGUGCUGGUGAGAACAGCAGCAGCAAAUGAAGCUGCAGGAUUUGAAAAUAAACUGUAAAAACUUUAAAGGGGAACAUUAUCACCAGACCUAUGUAAGCGUCAAUAUAUACCUUGAUGUUGCAGAAAAAAGACCAUAUAUUUUUUUAACCGAUUUCCGAACUUUGAAUGGGUGAAUUUUGGCGAAUUAAACGCCUUUCUAUUAUUCGCUCUCAGAGCGAUGACGUCACA